UACAACAAGUUGCCUUUCGUAACGUGAAUGAAAUUUUGGCAACUGCUUCCAUGUGGCUGCUGAUGCUACUCCCUCAGCUUGUUGUCCCAACGGGUGGCUCACGGGUGACUACAUCGUAGCAGCCAGCUACCGGUGCCUUCCACCUGCGCUCUUUUAGAGCUCUGACUAGAAUGCUACCAUAAUUUCUGGUCAACACGGCAAAUCUACACUCGACAAUCUCACAACUCUUUUGUUUCAGUUUGCUGAUUUGCUCAAUCUACCAUCCUUCUCAAUAUACCGAUACCGGUAAGCCCAUCUGUCAGCGUUCUUCCGUGAGCUUGGUGGCAACGGCCUUGUGUAGCGCACACCAUUGCCAUUUCAAAAAUCACAACAUGUCUUCAGCCAACAAGCGCAAGAGGGAUCCAGCGGAUGAGUUGAUUUGUCCAAUCAGUUUGGAGUUGCCUUGGGACCCUGUGACAGCGGAGGAUGGUCGUGUCUAUGAGCGAAUUUCCAUUGAGACCCAUAUCAAGAAUCACCCCAGAGGUCUCAAAUCACCAAUCACCAACAAAAAGAUGGGCAAGAAGCUGGUUCCUGCCAUCCAGCACCGCAACAUGACCGACAUAUUGGUGGAGGAUGGUGUCAUUCUUGGGGAUUUGGCUGCCAAGUGGAAGGAAAAAGUGAACCAGAAGAAAGAAAUGGAAGAGUUGUUGAAAAAGGCAGAUGCAGGUGGUGCUUGUGCCAUGUAUAACUUAGGAGUGAACUACGAAAAUGGCUACGAUGGUUUCAAUGAAGAUGAGAAACUUGCAUUUCAGUGGUACAGUAGGGCACACAAAGCUGGGAAUGUGCGCGGAACAUCAUCGGUAGGGAUGCAUUUGUUGAAUGGUUGGGGAGUUGCAAAGAAUGAAAAGCUUGGACUUGUCCAUUUGUCUAGUGCUGCAGGCCAAGGGUCAAACUAUGCAGCAAAAUGGUUGGGAGUGGCAUUUGCCAAUGGAGAGUAUGGCUUGAGUGUGGAUAAGGCAAUGGCCAUCUCCUGGCUAGAAAAGGCUGUUGGGGACUGUCCAGAGGGACCGUUGACCGAUGAAAGCAUCCAGGAUGCCCAACAGGAGUUAGAUGAGCUCAAAUCUUCAUAGCAAACCCUUGACGACACCAAGCAACGAACGCACCAUUCUUCUCUCCCCGUAUGCAGUUUGAAAAGGCAGAGCAGCCAUUAUACAGCAAGUGAUUGGCGGUUUGGGGUACCAGUAACCUAAUAUCAUUUGCCCGUCACCGUGAAGUUUGUCUUGACUUCAUCCAUUUUUUUACUCUUUGGUUGGUUGCUACGGUACGCUGUACAGUUUGUCGUGACGAUGCUUCUAUCGCACCGGUACGCAGUAGAAUGACAUCAUGUCCGGUCAGUACUACUUGUGAUAAAUAGAACUAUGGCAGUAUGUAGAGUGUAUGCAAGCAGCAUCAACU